AUGUUCGCUGCAGCCACGAAGAACUUUGUGAAGCAGGUCGGGGACACCGGGAGGUUGAUCCCCGUCCCGAGCCUGAGCGAGGCCGACCGUUACCAGCCCCUCAGCCUGGUCACCAGGAAGAGGAAGAGGCACUUCUGGAAGAAGAACAAGUACGCCUCGACCCCCUUCUCCCUGAAGGACAUCCUGGUCGGGGAGAAAGAGUGUGCAACAGGAGUGUCUUCUUAUCAGCUCCUCAACUACGAGGACAAAUCUGACGUCGCCCUCACCGGCCGUUUGGGGAACCACCUGAUCAACGACGUGGGCUUCAACAUCAGCGGGUCGGACUCUGUGGCCGUCAAAGCCUCCUUUGGCAUCGUGACCAAGCACGAGCUGGAGGUGCCCACCUUACUGCGAGAGCUAAACUCCAGGAAAGUGGACCUGGACCACUGCCUGGUCCGUCAGUCCAAGGAGAGCGGCCGGACGGUGCUCUGUGUGGUCGAGGAGAGCAUCCGCACGACACGCCAGUGCUCCCUGACCGUCCACGCUGGCGUGAGAGGCACCACCAUGAGGUUUCAGAUCGACGACAGCAGGAAUCCUAAAGGCCGAGACAAGGCCAUCGUCAUCCCGGCUCACACCACCAUCGCCUUCAGCAUCUGCCAGCUGUUUGUCCGACUGGACGGCCGGCUCGAUAUCUGUGUCGCGCGGGAGUCUCAAGGCGGGUUUGAGAGGGAGCAGAUCCGGGAGCAGCUCGAAAACCAAACAUUCGAGGAGCUCACCUACUCCGACACGUACAUGGACGACAUGGUCACCGACUACUACGAGAAGGCCGCCAGCAUGACGGACGUGUCCACCGCCUACCUGAGAGAGAGCUCCCACACGCGAGUCAACCUCCUCAAACACAACAUACCCAAGGGACCCUGCGCGCUCUGUGGCAUGGGCACCCAAAGGCGGGACACCGUUUACGGCUGUCUGGAGUGCACGACCGGUGGCCAGAAAUACGUCCGGCUGCACGUCGUGCCCUGUUUCGACCUCUGGCACAAAACGCUGAGGUGA